AUGUGCUGGACAUUUGUGCACCGGCUGAUCCUGAUGACACUCAGCUUUCUGUCUUGUGCUGCAGAUAAGACAAAGGUUCCUGUCUCCUGUCCAGAUCACCAGACGGCCUUCAGAGACUCCUGCUAUGAGUUUGUGGAUCUCCAGCACACUUUUGUCAGUGCACAGGCUUGGUGCGAGCAGCGUGGUGGACACCUUGCAUUUAUCCCAGAUGAAGAAACUCAAUACUUCCUUCAAAGACUCCUGGACCCCAAGAGGGACGUGUGGCUUGGAGUAGCACCCUUUCCAAAACUGCAACAUUCUCCAACUGUUGAAUCUCAAACUGUGCAUGCUUUUGCUCCAUCCUCAGGUGCCCUAUCUUGGCUGGAUGGUUCACUUAUCACCUAUUCAAACUGGGCUCACAGCCCACAGCCAGGAGCAGCCUGUGGACACAUACUGAGAGACUCUGGCUUUAAAUGGGAAGCCACAGGAGAUUGCAACAAAAUACGGCACUUUAUCUGCCAGUUUGACUCCAGGAGAUCCACUGUGUGUGCAGGUCUUAACACCACUCUUCAGUGUGGUUCUGGUCAAGUCUUAAUGAUAGACGGUGGCUUCUAUGGUCGAAAGAACUUUCAUUAUUGUCGAUCAUUAUUGUCGAUCUCCCAUUCAACCACAUCUACAGAACACCAGUGCAGCUGGGAAGAUGCUGUACAGCCAUUAACAGCUCACUGCCAUGGUCGUCAGGUCUGCCAGACUGCUGAAGUUGUGGCUUCCUUUGGUGAACCCUGUCCUCAGCUGGGCAGCUACCUUUCUGUGGAUUACCAUUGCAAAGAUGGGCUAAUACUGUCAGUGAGCUCCGUCGCUGGUGUUUUUGAUGACGUCACCAUCAGGGUGAAGUGGCUUUUACAUCUUUCACAGGGGAAACUUAGCUGUAAGCUGAGUACUGGAGAUGGCCUUGUUGUUCACCUGCAGAGUCCAGUGGGGUUAGAGACCAGCGUGACGCAUAAAUAUAGUCAUCCAAGCACAUUUGUUGUGGUAGCUGAAUGCACCAUGAGGGACCUACACAUUACAGCUCAGAACAGAAUUACCAUCCAAGAGCCUGUCACGGUGUUUGGUGUCAUCAGGUGCUAUGCUGGGAAGCUGUCUUUUCCUGUAACCAGCUGCAAAGCCCUUUAUGGAGAGCCAUUUCAAAUUCAAAUGGAGGUAAAAGCAGGUACAAAUGUGACUUACAGAGUCCAGAGUGAAGAAACGUUGUUGUCCGGUUUAUCUGUGUUCAAAGGAAAUGUGCCCCAGAAUAUUACAGUGACUACAGAAAUGAUGCAGCAGCCUGGGCCCGGCUGCCACCAGCUCACUCUUUAUGCAUCCAACAUGGUCACGCACCCUGAAGUGUCUACAGACCUGCAGGUGUGUGUGUUGGAGAAGGUAGCCGGGCUUCAGGCCUCUAUGUUGACAGAAAGAGGUGAUUGUCUAGACUCUCCAGAUAUUGCAGUUGGUGUUUCGCUCAAACGGGGUGCUCCUGUGUUGCUCCUCUUCUCUCUGACUGGAGACAACAGCUCUUACUCCGAGGCCAGAGAAAUGAAUAUAAGCAAGGACAUUUUUCAUAUUGGACACCCAGCUGAAGCAAGACAUACUGAAGAAGUUCUUUACAAAAGAUACACCAUAAAGACAUCAUCCACAUUAAACAGCAGAAGCUCAGAAGAAAGUGAGGGAAAUACAGCAACCAACCCUGGCCCUGCCACUACAACACCUGGCACUACCGACCCUGCCAACCCUGGCCCUGCCACUACAACACCUGGCACUACCGACGCUGCCAACCCUGGCCCUGCCACUACAACACCUGGCACUACCGACCCUGCCAACCCUGGCCCUGCCACUACAACACCUGGCACUACCGACCCUGCCAACCCUGGCCCUGCCACUACAACACCUGGCACUACCGACGCUGCCAACCCUGGCCCUGCCACUACAACACCUGGCACUACCGACGCUGCCAACCCUGGCCCUGCCACUACAACACCUGGCACUACCGACGCUGCCAACCCUGGCCCUGCCACUACAACACCUGGCACUACUGACCCUACCAACCCUGGCCCUGCCACUACAACACCUGGCACUACCGACCCUACCAACCCUGGCCCUGCCACUACAACACCUGGCACUACCGACCCUACCAACCCUGGCCCUGUCACUACAACACCUGGCACUACCGACCCUACCACCCCUGGCCCUGUCGCUACAACACCUGGCACUACCGACCCUACCAACCCUGGCCCUGUCACUACAACACCUGGCACUACCGACCCUACCAACCCUGGCCCUGCCACUUCAACACCUGGCACUACCGACCCUACCACCCCUGGCCCUGUCGCUACAUCAUCUGGCUCUACUAGUGACUCAACUACCAACGCUAACACCGCUUAUACAUCUCCACCAGCAACCACCAACACUUUUGACAGCCUUAAGUGUAGCAUAACACCGCAGAGUGGAACAAUCCUUGAUGCCUUUACUAUAACGUGCAAUACCGAAAUUCCUUGUCCUGACUGUCAGUAUUGUUUUAAAAUUAAUAAGGGUAAGCAUCUGCGUUGCAGUAAAAACAAUGAAGUGAAGUCCCUCUUCCUGCCACUGGGAGAUAGCAGUUCCAACUACAACCUGAUUAUCACAGCAACAGCCAGAAAUAUGAGCUCCAAAGAUAGCACCACUAUAACUGCAAAGGUGCUGGAUUCCACUGAAGCGUCCUCUUCUGUAGAUAAUCUUAAGGAUUCCAUAGAGAAUGCUGUGGAUCAGCUAAAGAAACAGGGUCUACUGUCAGGAGAGACUUUGGGACAAAUUAUCAAUUCAGUGUCCGAAAAACUGAAUGGUCAAUCUGAUGAAUCGACAAAAGCUGAAAGACAAAAGCUUCGUGAGAAGAUGCUGAACAUAAUGAUCGACACAGUAAAAGAAGCACCCACAAACACUCCAGAAGAAGUUGAGGUGACAGCCAGAGGAAUGGCAGCUGUUGUCCAGAAAGGCACUGAGCUCAGCCUCGAAGCUCAGGAAGAAGCGUCAUUAUUGUUUGCAAACCUCAGCUCAGCUCUCCUCCACAUGGAUGUGAACAACACUGAAGAAACCAUUAAUGAAAUACACGCUGCAGCAACCAUCAUUGUGGAAGGAACAAGCAAUAUCCUGGACUAUGCUUCUAAUAAAAACAUAUCUGAUGCCCUUCUCCUCACUCUGAGCAAUACACAGAGUGCACUGUUAAUAUUUAGAGAUGUUAACAUGGGCCCAACUAUCAUCCAGCAGCCGCAUAUUGCUGUGUUGGUUAAUAGAGUGACACCAGGAAGUUUGCACGCAGAGUCUAUAAAGAUUUCCAACAGUUCCAGCCCCACAUUUUCUCUCCCAACAUUGCUCUCCAAUAUGUUACCUGCAGAAGAAACAGUGGAUAUACGAAUGCUGAGUGUAGAUAAAAACCCCUUUUCCUGGAACGAGAGAGGGAACAUCAGUGGCCAAAUAGGUGCUCUUUCCCUGACAAAGAAAGAUGGCUCAAACAUCCCUGUGGAGAACUUGAGUGAGGAUAUUAAGAUUCUGUUACCAAGGCCUGUUGGACAGCAGGUGAACACCUCUGUUUUGGACCUGGGGAACUUCAGCACAACGGUCAUCGACAUUCCUUCAGCUGACAUCACACUGGUGUUAAAGAUGGUGCCUUCAAGUGAUCCUUUACCCUUCAAACUGCUCCUUGGUUACAUGAACUACCCCACUGAGACAAAUUAUGUAGCGAUGACGGAGAUGCCUCUCCAGGGAACAACGCAAGAGGAGAAAUACACUUGGCUACUAGAACCUGAGGACUUCAAAGGAAACACUGGAGUGCACUAUCUUGUAGUGAGGCCCAUUGUAGGUCCGGGUAUAAAAUCCAUCAAUGCCAGUUUAUCGAUUACCUCUAUUACUGCUGCAUGUAAGUUUUGGAAUGAAUCAUUAUUGGAGUGGAGCAGUAAUGGAUGCAGGGUUGGCAUUGAGACCACACCUUUGGUCACCACAUGCCUCUGCAACCACCUCACCUUCUUUGGGGGCUCAUUCUUCGUCACUCCCAACCUUGUUGACCCAUCACGCACCGCUGAGCUCUUUGCGAAUUUUGCUGAGAAUCCUGUGGUUGUGUGCUUUGUGGGGUCACUCUUUGUGGCCUAUCUCUUGGCGGUUGUGUUUGCAAGACGAAAAGACCUUCAAGACACAUCCAAGGUGAAGGUGACUGUGCUGGAGGACAACGACCCCAUGGACGAGUACCGCUACCUGCUGAGUGUUAGCACUGGGCAUCGACGAGGAGCCGCCACUUCCUCUCAGGUGACCAUCACUCUGCUGGGUGCAGAUGGAAACAGUGAACCACAUCACCUGACGGACCCAAAGAAAUGUGUGUUUGACAGAGGUUCGGUGGAUGUGUUCCUGCUGACUUCACCCUUCUCUCUGGGAGACCUGCAGAGCAUCAGACUGUGGCACAACAACUCAGGAAGUCGUCCGGCCUGGUAUGUAGGCAAUGUCAUGGUGCAGGAUUUACAGACGGAGAAAAAAUGGCAUUUUCUCUGCAACUCCUGGCUGGCCAUAGAAAUUGAUGAUUGUUCCCUUGAUAAAGUUUUCCCCGUUUCGACAGAGAUGGAACUGAAGAGGUUCAGUAACUUGUUCUUUAUGAAGACUACAAAAGAUUUCAGCGAUGGACACCUCUGGUACUCUGUGAUCAGCCGACCGGCGAGCAGCACCUUCACUUGUGUUCAGAGAGUUUCCUGCUGUUUCAGCCUGCUGCUCUGCACCAUGCUGACCAGCAUCAUGUUCUAUGGCAUCCCAACAGAUCCCUCUGAGCAGACCAUGGACCUGGGACACUUUGAGUUUAGCUGGCAGCAGUUCAUGAUUGGAGUCCAGAGUUCUCUCAUCAUGUUUCCUAUUAAUAUCCUAAUUGUCAGUAUCUUCAGAAACACUCGUCCUCGAGACACAUCUUGUUGCAAGCGCAAAAAAGGAAAACAAGCUGCUCUUGAAGAGAAAUCUUUCUCAGAGUCAUCCAGCAGCAGCACCAAUGCCAACGUUACUUUGGACACUGUCAUCAAGGAUAUCACAAGAAUUGCCCAUUCACUAUCUAAGACCGUGAAGAGCAACAUACCGUGCACAGAGUCCGAGUUCGGACCCGGACAACAAGUUGAUAUCAGCGCGGUCCUCUCUGUGGUGGAGGACUUCAUCAAACAGAAUAACAAAAGCAGCGACACCACCAAUCCCAAAACUCAGAGCUUUCGCAACCUUGUCCAGCCUGAGCUGCCAGUCCAGAAGCAGCAGCAUAACUCAGGCCAUGAUUCUGAGUCAACGGUGGAGGGGAUUGAAAAGAAGAGCAACAAAACCCAGUAUCUAUACCGGCAGCUGUGUCAUAUUGACAAAGAGCUUUGUAUGCUGGGACCCUCCGGCUUCCCCACCCCACACAGCUACAGCCAGGCUCUGCAGCAGGUCCAGGUCAUGAAGGGCUUGCUUGAAGAUCAGCUCUUCACAUCCAGCACUGCCAACCCUGAUGAACUCACCCAGAAGAACCCUGCAGAGAGCUCUGACUGUUAUGGUAAUCAGAAGACAAGGAAGUGCUGUCACGGAGGCUUACCCUGGUGGUUCAUUUAUGUCGGCUGGCUGCUAGUGGUCGCAAGUAGUUGUGUAGCCGGAUAUUUCACAAUGCUUUAUGGACUGAAAUUUGGGAAGGAACGCUCUGUGAGCUGGUUGGUGUCCAUGAUUGUCUCCUUUUUUCAGAGUAUUCUUGUCAUUCAGCCACUGAAGGUGCUAUGUCUCGCAGUUUUCUUUGCACUUGUAAUAAAAAAAGUUGAUGAGGAAGAUGUGGUAAAUGUUCAGGUGUGACAGCAGAUAAUCAAAUCGUUAUCCACAGGUGAACAACAAGUGGUCAGACGAGAUAACAGUCUGUAUGAGCCUCCUCCUGCUGCAGACAUUGAGAAGAUGAAAAGGAUAAAGAUGAUGGAGCAGAAAGCCUUUGCUCUUCUCAAGGAGAUCUUGACCUACUUUGGGUUUAUGUGGAUGUUGCUGCUGGUGGCGUACGGCCAGAGAGAUCCCAAUGCUUAUUUCCUAAACCGACACAUCCGGGACAGCUUCAGGAAAGGGAUCUCAAACAGCAUGAGCCUUGGAGAUGUGUUCACUUGGGCCAACACAUCACUCCUAAAAAACCUCUUUGGAGUUUAUCCAGGAUUUAUCACAGAUGGAAACUCGAAGCUUGUGGGUAAUGCCCGUCUUCGUCAACUGAGAGUGCAGAUGGACUCCUGUCAGAUCGCAGACUCCAUGCUCCAGUUGGUACCAGACUGUCAUGCUCCAUAUUCAUGGGAGGUGGAGGACAUGGGCUCUUAUGACUCAGGCUGGAACCAGUCUGUGAGCGAUAAUAUCUCUAUGUCCAGCCCAUGGAUGUACCAGACGCAGGCUCAGCUCAGGGCUUACCCUGUCUGGGGGAAAAUGGUGCUCUACAGGGGAGGUGGCUUUGUAGCAGAGCUCGGCCCGGAUGCAGAAAACGCCAGCAGCACCCUUGAGUAUCUGUUCAGGAACACAUGGCUGGAUAAGUACACAAGGGCGAUCUUUGUAGAGUUCACCGUUUACAAUGCCAACGUGAACCUCUUCUGCAUCGUCACGCUCUUGCUGGAGACCACAGCUGUUGGAGCAUUUCAAUUCCACAGUGAGCUGCAGAGUGUCCGUCUUUACCAAUCAACUGGUGGUCUUCACAUCUUCGUUAUGGCUGCAGAGAUCAUAUUCAUGCUUUUCAUCCUCUAUUACAUGUUCCUGCAGGGCAAGUUAUUGAAGCAGCAACGUUGGGCUUACUUCAGGAGCAAAUGGAACCUUCUCGAGCUGUCUAUAAUCCUACUGAGCUGGAGCGCCGUAGCUGUCUUCAUCAAGAGAACCCUGCUUGGGAAACGCGAUAUGACCUACUACCAAAACCACAAAGACCAAUUUGCCAGUUUUUAUGAGACAGCAACAGCAGACUCUGCACUCCAAUACCUGAUCGCCUUCCUGGUCCUGCUCUCCACCUUCAAAAUGUGGCAUCUGCUCAGAUUGAACCCCAACAUGAACAUGAUCACUGCUGCGCUGCAGCGGGCCUGGAGUGACAUAUCUGGUUUCCUUGUGAUUAUUGUGAUCAUGUUCGUGGCAUAUUCCAUUGCAUCCAACGUGAUUUAUGGCUGGAGGAUUUCCUCAUAUAGAACUCUGAAGGAUGCUCUCCUGACCAUCAUAAGUCUGCAGAUAGGCAUCUUUAACUAUGACGAGGUCCUGGAGGGCACCCCUGUGCUUGGUGGAUUACUCUUUGGUUCCUGCAUUGUGUUCAUGACAUUUGUGGUGCUCAAUCUGCUCCUCUCAGUGAUCCUUGUGGCAUUCAACGAGGAGCAAAUAUAUCACAAGCCAUCAGAUGAGGAGGAGAUUGUUGACCUCAUGCUGAAGAAAAUCUGCAGUCUUUUUGGGAUCAGAUAUAAAAACACAAAAGACACCUCUGGGCCUGAUGUGAACGGAAGCAGCAGCCUGACUCUUAAAAACAGCAGAAAUAUCCUCAACAAUUCCUCAGUUGAUGAGAAUAUUUCUCAGCCUUCUGGAAGCUUAGUUAACACCUAG